GCUCGACUGUUGGGAAGUGAAGUAUUCUGAAGUCUUCCCUCUUGAGUGGUAGAGUUUGUAGAUUGUAUUCAAGAUUUUGAUCCAAUUCUUAUCCACCUAGAAAGAUGAGUAAAGCUGCUUCAAACAAACAUAAAGACUCCAUUUUCAGUGCCGAAGAUGGCUAUGUGAAGAUGUUCCUACGUGGACGUCCCGUCACUUUGUACAUGCCACAGGCACUGACUGGAACAUACAAAUUGCAGACCACAACUGAAUUACCAGCCCACAAACUGAAGAUGGAAUGGGUGUAUGGUUAUCGAGGCCGCGAUUGCCGGUCCAAUCUCUAUCUCCUACCGACAGGUGAGAUUGUUUACUUCAUCGCAUCCGUCGUUGUGCUGUAUAACGUUGAAGAGCAGCUGCAGCGUCAUUACCUCGGACACAACGAUGAUGUGAAAUGCCUUGCAGUACAUCCUGAUAGGGUCACCAUGGCAACAGGGCAGGUGGCAGGAACCACAAAAGAUGGAAAGCAUCUUCCACCUCACGUGCGUGUGUGGGACUCUGUGAGCCUGAACACUCUGCACGUUAUCGGAUCCGGGGUCUUUGACCGAGGCAUUUCUUGCGUGUCCUUCUCCAAGUCCAAUGGAGGUGUUCACCUGUGCGCAGUCGAUGAUUCCAACGAACAUAUCCUGUCUGUGUGGGACUGGCAGAAAGAGCAAAAGGUGGCUGAUGUGAAGUGUUCCAACGAGUCAGUGCUGGCAGUGAGUUUCCACCCCACUGAAGCCCAGCUCCUCAUCACCUGCGGCAAAUCCCACAUUUGCUUCUGGACGAUGGAAGGCAACACUCUCUCCAAGAAACACGGCAUUUUCGAGAAGCAAGAGAAACCCAAAUACCUUCUGUGUUUGGCUUUUUCCGAGAACGGAGAUGUGAUCACUGGUGAUUCGAGUGGAAACCUGAUCGUUUGGGGAAAAGGAACUAACCGGAUCAGCUCUGCAGUUCAAGGGGCGCACGAAGGUGGCAUUUUCAGCCUCUGCGUGCUGAAUGAUGGGACACUCGUGUCCGGUGGAGGGAAAGAUCGCAAGGUCAUCCUCUGGGACAGGCAGUACCACAAGGUCCAGGAAACUGAGAUCCCUGAGGCCUUUGGCCCAGUGAGAACAAUUGCAGAAGGAAAAGGUGAUGGAUUAUUUAUUGGCACAACAAGGAACUGCAUUCUCCAAGGCACAUUGAGUGGGGGAUACUGCCCUAUUGUACAAGGUCAUAUGGACGAGCUGUGGGGACUUGCUGCUCACCCAGGUGAGGACAGGUUUGUGACGUGUGGGCAAGACAAGUUGAUCCAUUUCUGGGACUCGACAUCCCACCAGCCUGCCUGGAGUAAGGCUCUCGAUGAUCCGGCUCAGUCAGUUGGUUUCCAUCCCAGUGGGUCUGUUGUUGCUGUGGGAAUGCAAACUGCAAGGUGGAUGGUUUUUGAUGUUGAAACGAAGGAUCCCAUCACCGUGCAUACAGAUGGGAAUGAGAAGCUGUCUGUGAUGAGCUACUCCCCAGAUGGCAAUUACCUGGCCAUUGGAUCACAUGACAACUAUGUUUACAUAUACACAGUGGCCGAAAAUGGCAGGAAGUACAAUCGAGUGGGAAGGUGUUCCGGACACUCCAGUUUUAUAACUCAUCUGGACUGGUCAGCUGACAGUCGCUAUAUAGUCACAAACUCUGGAGACUAUGAAGUCCUCUUCUGGACUCCUAACUGUAAACAGGUGACGAGUGUGGAUGUGGUGCGGGACUUGGAGUGGGCGACCUCUACCUGUGUACUCUCCUUCCAGGUCUUUGGUGUCUGGCCAGAGGGAGCAGACGGGACCGAUAUCAAUGCCAUUUGCAGGUCGUCUGACGAUCAACUCCUUGUCACAGCGGAUGACUUUGGGAAAGUGAACUUGUUUUCCUAUCCGUGCUCGCACCCUCGGGCACCAAGUCACAAGUACAGUGGCCACAGCAGUCAUGUGACCAAUGUUGCCUUUCUCCAUGACAACACCCAUCUAAUCUCCACUGGCGGGAAGGACAUGGGUGUCAUUCAGUGGAGUGUCGCCUAGGUUACUGCACUUUAUCCAAUGAUGCAAUCCAGCCACGUGGGUUGGGAGGUGCUAGGGCACUGCACAGCAAGAUUCCAUUCUUCAGUGCCUCAUCAAUCACCAAUUCCCUAUGUUUUAUGGUUUUGCUGAAUUUCGGUUUUUAUAGUGGGAAGCAGGUGGGCAUUCUAUUGUCUUCCCGUUCCCCUUGGCACCUGCACUAUGUUGUUUCUUUCUUUAGCCUCUCUGGACCUGGUCCAAUUCAACUGGAGGACAAUCCUAAAGCUCCAUGCGAACAAUUUGCAAUUGGCUGCGCAGUCUGUCUCCUCCACCUCUGCUGUAACUACCCCACCCCUUGCUGUGCUAAAGUCAUUGCAUGCAGUAUAAACAAUUUAAAGAAUAUUGAUUAAAGAAUCCAUUUUGGAGAUCUGCUCCCCUAAGUUAGCACGGAAGUCCCAUGAACUGUUUUCUCAUCUGGACCCCCACAAGGGUUAGGGAGUGUGUAGGAGAGGGCACUAGAUGUCUGCUGCUCUGAGGCAAUCCUCAUCGUCUGAUGCACAAACACUGCCCUGUUUUGUGUUGUUUUUUUUUCCGGGGUGGGGGCUGAUAGUUUACAGGGUUCUGCACCACCUAGGUCUUCCAAACUGGGAUUUUGCGAGAGGCAUUUCCAUCUCUGACCCACCACCCUCGCAAGGUUGCCUUCCUGCUGCAUUUGAACUAACAGUGUGAUGCAGUGAAAACUCUGAAGUAUCAGACAUGGUUUCAAACUUGACCAAUGCUGUGUGACAGCCACGUAGACCCUUUUCAGCACUGAAGCUUACAGCUACAAGACCUGCAGCCCCUGGGCUGUCUUCACAGGGGAGAUCCCCACGCUAAAACCAUUAAAAGGCAACAGAAUGGGCAAAAAUUUUUUUUUUAAGCAUACUUUCAAUUUUUUGUAAUCUGCUUAAGUGUCAAAGCUGACAAUUUUUUUUCCGAUUAUCAUCUAGUUUGGGAUUUCCACACUUGUCCCACCAAGUCUGUAUUACCAUGGGUAUCCACCUGACUCAUGGGAACUUUCUUGUGAGACUAGUGCAUUUUUCCAAAUGUUUAAUUUGUUUGUUCCUUUCCCAGUUUGGUUAGGAAUCCACAGUCUGUGAUCUCAUUUCCACACGCUGGACUUGUAACAGGGAAAGCCUCUCUAACAGGCUGUUUCCCUUAUUGUGUCUAAGCACAGUGAAUAUCCUGUGUGCACUAAGUUUCUGUUCACUCCAUUUAAAUGUAAGUGUUAUCAAUCUGCUGACAUGGCAACGUCACAGCGCCGUAGCCUCAAAUCUUAGAUCCUAUCUGGUUGACAACAGCAAUGCCCUUUGGUUAUUCAUGAAUACUCUUAGUGUACCUGUUGCAGCUGAGCCAUGCUUAAAUUCCAUGGUUUAAACCCCUCCUGGAUGCUCGUCAAAUGCGCGCUCCCACGCUAUUAAUGACCGGCUUUAUAUACAAAACUCUGAUGUUGCCCCCACAUUCCGAGAAUGGAUUAAAAAAUAUGUAUAUAACUAUUUAACUGAUUUAAGAAUCACAGUGAAGAAACGCAAAUGGAAAAUGAAUGUGUUUCUCUACUGCAGAGAAUUUAAACCGUUUAAGAUGUUUCAAUGGUGUAGAGGUUGCAACAAACUGUACAAAGUUCAAACAAACAUUUUCAGCCAAUUUCAAUUUUUCCCGCAACUCUCCUAAGCUUGGGCGGGAGGCCUUGUCGAUGGCCAAAGUGGGCAAAACUUUCAUAAGAACCGAUUGUGCUCCCAAACACUUGUGGGUGCCCCGCAAGUCUCAGUAACCUUUCAUUUUAAAAUCAAACUUCCUAUUUCUCAGAAAGAGUAGGUGACGAGGGGAAACUUCCCCUUUUUCUUUCUUUGCAGAUGUAUAACUUCAUUUUACUUUCUUUGAAUAAAUCUUUCCAGAAAGGGCACUGUUUGGCCUAUCUAGUCUGUGGUGGGGCUGCGUCCAAAGUGACUCCUACUUGACAACACCCAUCUCUCAUUGACCAAUGUAGACCAAUCAGUAAUCCAGAAUGCUGUGAGGACACGGGUCCCAAUCUCACCAGAGCUAGCUGGUGAAACUAAAAUGAAGAAACUCCAGAAUUGAAAUAUAUUCAAUGGUGCCAUAAUUGUGCCACAUUACAGUAAAGCCCAUCUGAUUCACUAAGGGCAUCUAGGGACAGGCAAUAAAUGGUGUCCCAGCCAGUGACUCCCAUUAGUGAAUUUUUAAAAUAAAAAGUAAUGCCCUUUAGUUGGUUGGGCUGACAUGUGGUUCCAGAACUACAGCCACGUGAUUGACGCUUAACUGAGCAAGCAGCUCAGUUUAAGGGAUUUGGGGAAAAGUAACAAACACUGGCCUGUGCCAGUGAUAGCCCGAUCUCCUGCAAGACUCACGACUCAAUGCAGAAACUGUAAUGGAUGCUGUGAAUCAGGGCCAAAAUAAAAAUUGCUGGAAAUGCUCAGCAGAUCUGGCAAUAUCUGUAGAAAAAGAACAGUAAUCGCUGGGAAAAGCUCAGCAGGUCUGACAGUAUCUGUGGAGAGAUAUCAGAGUUGACGUUUUGGGUCCAGUGACCCUUCCUCAGAACUGUUCUGAGGACCCAAAACAUUAACCCUUGAUAUCUCUCCACAGAUGCUGCCAGACCUGCUGAGUUUCUCCAGCACGUUCUGUUUCUUGUUUAUUCAAAGUUUGUUUUUGUUUUUGAUAGAUCGGGAGUUGAGAGGUAAUGGAGAGAGCAGAGCCAGGCAGAAUGCAGAGUUCUGGCUGCAAUCUGAUCAGCCACACUCUAGUCAAAAGACUAGAAGGGGCUGAUUGGCCUAAAUUUGUCCUGUAAUUUAUAGUUCAGCCACAAACAGUCUUUGCUUCAGUCGCUAUGGUAGACAUUCCAAAUUCCCACUGCAACAAAGGUGCCAAUGUAAGAUUCAUCCUGCUUUUAUACAUGUGUCUCCAUCCUGGGCUUGCUUGUCUUUAUUAUUGUCAACCAGUGUCUCUCUGCUCCUUUCCCUGCCCUCAACCAAAAAUCACCAAUUUGUGGAAGAAUUUUGAUUGGCUGAAGAUACCCAUAAAAGCUUGUCAUUUCAUUUGGGAGGGGGUAUGAAUUUAAAAAAAAAAAAUCCUACUGAUCGUUAACGUGUGAUGUAAAGGCAUUAUUACUGGGUUUUUAAAAGAAGUUGCCAGUUUUAUUUUUGUCGCAGGAAAUCCAUUUGCUUCUGUCAAAGUGAAGCUGAAUGUGUCUGCAAUGCACAUCAGUUCCUUCAUUAGUGCCUGAAUGAUGUGUUGGUGCUUUUGCUUAGUGAUGUGUUUAGUAACCAAGUGGGAGCCUAUAGCACAUCACCGGCCAUCCGUUUUGCUUUCUUUAACUUCUCGUCCACCUCCCUCAUGGUUGGGAGGCGGGGGAGCGGUGGGGAAUUAUUGCCUCAAGUGUUUAAGUGUCGGGUGGUUGCCCCCUAACUGAAGAUGGCCAUGUCGAAGGGGAGCCUAAUGCCAAGCUUCUACACAACACUUAAUCAGACCUGGAUCUACCAAGGGCAUGGCACCGCAGCAGCAGUCAAGCUACUUAACAAGCAAUUUCAACAGCUGGAGAUUCAAGCAAAGAGGUGAAUUUUUAAUAAACACAGACACAUCUUGCGAUGUGGAGAGUUAAA